AUGUUUCGGCAGAUUUGGGUGAACGACAAACACCGCGACUUCAAGAGAAUUGUCUGGAGAGAAAGGCCAUCGGAUCCAAUCAAACACUAUCAACUAUGCACCGUCACUUAUGGCACCUCAUGUGCACCAUUCCUGGCUGUUAGGGUAUUAGAGCAACUGGCUACUGAUCAUCAGCAGGAAUUCCGAAUGCUGCAAAAAUCUUACAAGAGGAUUCUUAUGUCGACGAUGUGCUCACUGGGUCAAACAACAUUUGUUGGGAACCGAACUUCGGAAAUUCUGGACACCAUUCCAAGGCAUUAUUGGCGUCAUGUGGACUCCAAAUCAAAUCCAGCUGAUUGCGCAUCCAGAGGUCUCAUGGCUGCAGACCUAAAGGACUUUCAGUUAUGGUGGAAUGGCCCGUCAUGGAUACGUGACGCGGAUCAGUUUCUGGUAAGGUUAAACAACUCACAAGUCUGUUUGAAUAUUUCAGAAAAGAACAUAGAAAAGGAAGUCAAAAGCAAUUGUCUGACUGCAUUAGUAGAGGCAACUCCUGAUCAUCCACUUGAUCAUGUUGUUCAUCGAGUAUCUUCAUGGUUGACGCUCGUUCACACGGUUGGCUAUGUCCUUCGCUUUCUACGGCGCACGAAGGGUCCAUUUGGGGACAAGGGCUCAAACUGUCUUACGUUUGAGGAAAUCACCGCGGCACGCAUUGUAUGCUUGCGCCACGCGCAAACCUGCUUUCAGGAUGACUAUCAAUUGCUACUCGCAAAUAAACCAUUGCGAAGUCGAUCUCAGCUGGCUAAACUCUCGCCAAUGAUCGACAAGGACGGACUACUCAGGGUUGGAGGACGCUUGCACCACUCGCAAUUGUCCACAGAGGCGAAACAUCCAGUUUUGCUACCGAAAUCUCAUCGCAUCACCAAGCUGAUACUUGAAUACGAACACAGGGUCAACCUGCACCCUGGCGUCUCAUCACUCUUUGUUAUGGUACGUCAAACAUUCUGGAUAUUUGGCGCAAGGAACUUGAUAAGGAAAGUCACACACGACUGUUUGGCUUGUUUUCGACAGCGGCAUCAUACAUCACAACAAAGGAUGGCUGAUCUACCCAGCAUUCGUGUCACUCAGGCACUUCCAUUUGUAAACACUGGAUGUGACUAUGCUGGUCCAAUCCUUCUUAAGGAUGGAAAGGGGCGCAAACCGCGCAUUGGUAAGGGCUACAUAUGCCUAUUUGUUUGUCUGGUCACAUCGGCAAUCCAUCUGGAACUUGUAACGGACUUGAGCACCGACUCAUUCUUGGCCGCGCUAAGACGUUUCGUCUCUUUGCGUGGCAAGUGCAACAAAAUCUAUAGCGACAACGGAACGAAUUUCAUUGGAGCUAAACGCUCUCUUGAUGAAAUGCAAAAGCUGCUGGCAUCUCAACCACACAUCGAAAAGGUUAGGAAUGCUCUGGCGAAUGAUGGCAUUCAAUGGGUAUUCAUUCCACCACAUGCUCCUCAUUGGGGAGGAAAAUGGGAAUCUGCAGUCAGAUGCGUAAAGCUGCAUAUUCGCCGAGUCAUUGGGAAAUCUACUCUCACCUACGAGCAGAUGCGAACUCUACUUGCACAAGCCUCUCACAACUAUACCAGAGGCAGACUUAGGCCACAUCCCCGUGGGCCGACUUGGGUACUGGCAAAGUAUCCAAUCUAUGAUGCAAGGUUUCUGGAAGCAAUGGCACCAGGAGUAUCUUACCCAUUGCAACAGCGUCCAAAGUGGACCACUACAACACCAAAUAUAGCAGUGGGAGAUGUGGUGCUUGUAAAGGAAUCGAACACCCCACCAGCUCACUGGCAUCUGGCGCUGGUUCUCGAAGCCUACCCAGGCAAGGAUCAAUUGGUUCGAGCGGUUAGACUCAAGACCUCUUCGGGAGAAUUAACUCGGCCAAUCACCAAGGUUGCG